CCGGAUGAUCAAAGAUUACGAAACUAGGAGGACAAAACAAACUUCAGAGCAGACCAGAGAGCAGUAGUUUUUUGAAGAGGGCGAUUGUAUCUCUACGAUUGUUGAUAAAUAUUGAAAAAAGAUUUGAUUAAGGAAAAAAUAUGAGUGGUUCAGUAUUUGUGCGUUUGAUGUCAGCAUCUGUUGCAGUUGCCAAUCAAGCGGGUAAAAUUAUUCGAGAUAUAAUGAAAAAAGGUAAUUUGAGAAUUGUUGAAAAGGGCAUCAAUGAUUUACAAACUGAAGCUGAUAGGUCUGCACAAAGAUGCAUAAUAAAUUCUCUGUUAAAGCAGUUUCCAAAAGUAACCAUCAUUGGAGAAGAAACUCUUGAAAAAGUAGAAAAUGAAGAUGACUUAAUUGUGAGCUUACAGAACUGUGAAACUAUUACUACUGAGUGUCCUGCGGAUUUAACUGCGGUGAAAGAAGAAGAUGUUGUGAUAUGGGUUGAUCCUCUUGAUGGCACUGCAGAAUACACUCAAGGUCUUUUAGAUCAUGUAACUGUCCUGAUAGGCUUAGCUGUGAACGGAAAAGCUGUUGGAGGUGUUAUUCAUCAGCCCUAUUAUAAUUAUCAAUUUCCUAUCCCAUAUGAUGCAAAGAAUGAGGAAGAUCUUUCGAAACUGGGGCGUACAAUGUGGGGUAUUGUUGGGGCUGGCACAUAUGGAAUUGAUUGCAAGAAACCCCCUGAAAAUAAAAGAAUUGUCACUACCACAAGGUCACAUUCCAAUCCAGUGAUAAAUUCAACAAUUGCAGCUAUGAAACCUGAUGAAGUCUUGAAAGUAGGAGGGGCAGGACAUAAGGUCUUAUUGCUUAUUGAGGGAAAGGCCCAUGCCUAUGUGUUCCCCAGCAAAGGAUGCAAAAAAUGGGACACUUGUGCCCCUGAAGCCCUAUUGCAUGCUGUUGGUGGGAAGCUGACUGACAUUCAUGGUGACCCCAUCAAAUAUCAUGCAGAAGUUGAACAUGUCAAUGCAAGAGGGGUUUUAGCUACUUAUUUAGAAUCUGUUCAUGAUUGGUAUGUUGAAAAUAUGCCAAUAGAAGCCAAAACAGCUCUGCCCUAGCUUUUGAGAAUGUAAAACCCCUUUUUCUUUUUCUGCUUGUUUUUGAUCAAAUAAUUUUAAUUUUAUUUUGGUAAGAAUCGCUUUUGUUACAGUUGUCUUUUUCUGUAGUAAAGGCUCUUCAGAAUAUAGUAAGGAUUUUGUAAAUAAUUAAAAAUGUUUGUGACAAAAAAUAAGUUUAUAAAUAUAGAAUUGAUUUGUAAUUUUCCCAUUAAUCCUUAGAAGAUAUUAUGAGUAUUCCAAGGAAAAAAAAUAAUUAACUGUCACCUACCACAGUGCUUCCAUUAAAUUUUUAAUCAAUGUGUAUGCUUUAUUAUUUUUAUAAUCUGUAAAAAAUUUCAAAAGAAUGAGUUUUUUUCCUUGUUCCAAACUCAUGAACUUGUAUGACUAUACUCAAAAAUUCUUUAUAAAAUUGUAAUUAGCUCAUUUCAUUUACAUACUACAUUGAUAUUCUCAGUUGCUUUUUACUUGGUGUAUGCUUUUAUGCAUAUAUGUAGAAAUUUGUUUUACUUAAUAAUUCUUAUAAUAUUUUUAAUUAUUAUUUCAUAUAUAAUGAACAUAAUAACUUAUUUAAAAUGUCUUCAUAUUCCUACAUUAUUUAUUUUCAUCCUAAUUGUUAAUGUAUUUAAUUACUAUUGUUCAAAAACAUUUAUUUUAACUUAUUUAUUAUUUGUCAUUUUUUUAAAAUUUUCACAAUUCAUAAAAUAUGCAUUUUUUUUACGCUCAAGACUUCAAAAGUU